AGUUACGCCCAAUGAAUGACGUCAGGUGCGUACGUGCAGUGCGGCGGAGUACGCGCGUUAUACGCUCGCUCCGACUAGAAAAACCGAGAGAGCGACACAAUGAAGAAGAGCGACCAUGUCAUUGUGCUGUGCGUGCUGAUGUUGUUCGCCACCACAGGUACUAAAGCGAUACGCUGUUACCAGUGCAGCUCUGACACUGAUCCAGACAAAGAGGACCUUUGCGGCGCUUACACGAAAUUCGAUAAAGAGAGAAAUGUGCCUAUCGAGUGCAACAGCGAGGAAUCGCACAUGCCUGGCACAUUUUGUGUUAAAUACACGGAGCAAAGUCCACGUGGUUUCAUCUGGGAUGGUAGGUGGCGACAGGUGAUCCGGCGAUGCGCUUCUGUCGCUAGUACCGGGGUCACAGGGGUUUGCAACUGGGGCGUUCAUGAGAACGGCGUUUACUGGCAAGAGUGUUAUUGCUCCGAGGAUGCAUGCAACACAGCAUCCAACCUGGUGUCUCUUACUACACUGCUCCUCACGGUGUGCGGUGCCAUCGUUACGCUAUUUUGUCUUAAGUAAAAAGAAUUUUCAGAGUUCUCGAGUUUUUGCAAAAAACGAAAAUGGUAAGAUAAAUACUGGACCAGAAAGUUGAUCGAUAUUUUAUUGUAGAAAAUGAGAAGUUCAGAUUUAUAGCUAACGUGAAUGCGUAAAGAAUGGCACAGACUUUUUUGAAAAAUUUUGGAAUUGGUUUUCUUCUUAGCAAAAUUUUGAUUUUAAGAAACCGUCAUAUACAUUUCAUGUCUCUCUAUUCAUUUUGUAUUUAAAUUUCAUGAAAACAAUUACAAUAUUAAAACGAGAACUGUAUAUUUUAAAGAACCUAUGCUUUCUAGAAUUUUUUAUUUAAUAUUUAUAUAGAUGGUCGUCAAAUUAUUGUUAGAAAAAAAUUAAUUCUAAAAUGGUCAAAGAGUAUACUCUAAUGAAUAUACUUUUCUACUUAAGUGAAUCAUCAGCUUGUAAAUAUGUUAAAUUAUAUAUCCGUCCAUGUGCGUAGUUAAUCUAAAAAGAGCAGAUCUCCAGAAUUCUCGUUUUUGUAAAUAGUAUUUAUCUGUCUAUCCGUCCACUUAGUAUUGCUAAGAAAUAUUACGAAGUAUUAUUCAGUGAAACUCCAAAUGAACUGUAAAACGAUAACUAAUCUAACAAAAGCUAAUUAAAUUUUAAGACAAUAGAUAUCCGUUUAUUACAUCUCGAGAUAAGUGUGAAAUAAGUUAAAAAUGUUCAGGACAACAGUGAGACAAACUUGUUGCUUUUAAUGUCUGACUGUCUCGUCGAGAUGACACAUGUUUUUAUACUCGAAAAAUUUAAAAAUACUUUUUUAAAUUCUAUUAAAAUGAAUUUUAAUAAAAUAAAUUUUAUUAAAAGUGCCUUUUUAUAUACAAAGAUAGUGUUCAAUCGCUUUUAAUAAUCAAUGUAGAAUAGUAUGCCAAUUAUAUAAAAUAUUGGAUUUAAGGCAACGAUGACUUAAAUCGCAAGUAUUUUAUGAAAUACGUCAAUUUUAUAAAAAACCAUCUUUUAAAUAACUUAAAAAAAAAUCUUUAAAGAAUCCACAAUUUCUAUUGAGAUGUUACAAUUCUCGGCCAUGCAGCUAAAUUAAUCUAUCUAACAAAUAAAGAAUCUCAAGAAACCUUUUCUUAUGUGUUACUUAGCACAUCAUUGCCUUAAAUUCUGUGAUGCGUUUAUUUUUAAACUUUUAAAGCGUUUUAUAUUUUUCUAUAUAUAUAAAUAUAUAUACAUAUAAUGCAAGCAUAAUAUAUGUAUUGUAUAAUUAAAGAACAGAUUUACUAUUUAA